AGAUUCAACUGUACUUGUUCCUGUGAAUUCUUUUUCAUCUACUGAAGCUGCCUGCAGAAAAUGCUAAUUGAACAUAGACUUCAAAAAAUUGCCUUGCUUGACCUUUUGACAUUUAGCAGAGUUCACUUCUCCUUUUUCAUAGCAUGAACUGGAAGAUGCGGUCAUAUCUUUUAACCGACAAAUUGAAGCUUUGGAAAAAGAAUUGGAAGAGCAAACAAGGUAUAAAUCAGGGAUAUUUAAUAAUUAAAUAUAAAUUAGGGGCACCCAACGACUUAUUUCAGUAAAAUAUCUGUUCGAAGCUCAAGCAAAAAUUACCUAGAAUUUUUUAUUGCUUGAGGACAGCUAAAAAUUUCUAGAUGACCGAUUCAUUCAUGGACAAUUUUUGAUGCGUAUCUAAUAAAUUCACUACAAUUUUCUGAAGUUUAGUUCUUUACAUUUCACUCCCCAGGUUAAGCUAUAUAUUUUCGUAGAAAAAGGAACCUAGCAUUUUCACAUUCGAAAAAGUAAUGGAGAGAGGAAUCAAAAAAAUGCUCGGCUUCAUAAAGCUUUAGAAAAAUUACAUCUACAACUUUCCGGAAAAUAAUACUGAAGCCUUGUAAAUUAUUUCUAAAGGACCUCAAGUUUGCCAUAGAUGACCAAACAGAUAAAAAUUUUAUGAUGCCACUUAGAAUGCAUUUCUUGAGAUCUAAAAGUACUCUUGAUAGCUUAAAAAGUGUUUUCAAUGUAUUUAGGAGGAGACCAUUGUUGGUUGCCCUGUUGUCUCAGCCCCUUUCCCCUUCCCACAUAUGGGCAGGAGUACAAUCUUAAAUUUCCGAGGUGUUGUUAACUUAAUGCAAGGAUGAUAAUAUCUACUUACCUAUAUUUUCCAUUUAAGGCUUUUUGAGCAAGAUGAACAAAUGUUAGAAAGCUUCAUUAAUCAAGAGCAGGAUUUACAACAGGUGAGAUUUCUUCUUUUCGUUUCAAGUUUCAGUGUGGUUAGUCCUUUAAUCUGUUCUAAAUAUUAUUGCUUAGCAUUUUAAAAAUUAGAAUACUUUCUAAUGUCUUGAUAGUGUAAUAAAAAUGUACGAGUGAAGUGAAAAUGAGCUAUAAAAAAGAAUAAAACAAACAGUUUUUCUAUUCCCUUUAAAGAAACAUGCCAUUCCUGCAAACACUGUAAAUACAAUUUUUUCUUUCUUUUUUUAUUUUCCUUCCCUUUGUAAAUUAAAACUACAACUUUUAAUAGAAUUUGAGACAGAGAAAUCAACAACCAAACUACAGGAAUGCAGGGGUGAAUCUAGGAAAAACAGCAACUGUUUUCUCAAACAACAAACUCCAAGGAGGGGUUGGGGGGCUUAUGAUUGGAUGGUGGUGUUUUUUACAGGUGUAUGGAUUGUAACGGGGAGGGGGGAUUAUAAGCAGCAGUUUACUGUAUUUAUUCUGAGAAACGUGACCAGUUUCCAUAACACAGGGAAAUUGGCGAAGACAGGGUUUGCACAGCCUUGAAAAGCCCUUGAAUUUUAGGGGAAGUCCUUGCUUGAAAAGUUCUUGGAUCUUCUUCAACUUUGAAUGUAGUUGCCUGGAAAGUGUUUUUUAAUGCUUUUUGGUUGUCCAAGACAGAAUAUAAAUCAAAGCUUAGAGAAGUUACUUAGAGAGGUGCUUUUUUGCUUCAUGCAAUAAUUAACAAUCAAUUUAAGACAAGUGAACUGAAAAAUGUAGAGAAGUUGGUGGAGCAAACAGUUCAAGCCUUAAAGUCAUGUUAGAAUGUACUGAGAAAGUGAAUUUUUGUACAAUCUGUGAAAUAAGUUUCCUGUUAGGUGGUCCUUAAAAAGUCCANUUUUUAUUCUCUUUAUUGAGAAGGAUUUGUAUAUAGGAUUUUAAAGAUUAAUUUUUAUUUUUAAAUUGUUACUUUUACUAAUUUUUAGGAACGAUCUGUAAAUUUUGUUUUUGGAAUAUGUACUGGGAUUUUAGGAUUUUGUUGAGUCAUUGUUAUGCGCAGAUGAAAAUUUCUUUCCCUGGAUUGAUAUUUGCGCAAUACAAAUCAAUAAAUAUUAUUAUAUUAUGUUAUAAUGUACUGGGAAAAUGAAUUUUUGUACAAUCUGUAAAAUAAGUUUCCUGUUAGGUGGUCCUUGAAAAUCGAAUGUGUUCCUUGAAAAGCCCAUGAAGAGUCCUUAAAAACUGGUUGAAAAUUUUUUUAUGAACCCUGUGUAUAUCCACGCCGAUGAAUUGAAUGUUCGUAAAACUCAGGAAUUUCCCACUGCGUCAUUAAACCAGGGGCCCGUUUCUUGAAAGUCCCGGUAACUUUUCGGGCCUGAAAUCAAAUAUUCAAAUCGAAAUAUAAAGAAUAAGAGCACGGGUCUUGGCUAGCAAACUACUCCAUUUUGUUUCACUGACUGAUAGGUUUAUCAUGCUAGAUGCAAAAAUAUUGAAACCUCGAUCUUUAAUUUAAACAGAGACAGCUUACCGGGCCCGUUAAUUAUCGGCACUUUCGAGAAACGGGCCCCAGGCCUGUUGGGGUUAACUGAGUCAACAGAAAGAUUCAUUGUGUUUCUGUUGGCUUUUAAAUCACACAGCUUCAUCCCCUUCUGCAAAAACAACCUGCCAAUGAAGUAAAUCUUCCCAGUUUCUCAAGUGCAGCUAUACCGCAUGAAAUGUCUUCAAUAUUUGAGGUGGGUAUUGCUAGGGCGUGGAACAAGUCCCGCAGUUUUAGCUAAAACUGUGGGCCCCAAAACAUUACAAAUGUCACACCUUGUGAAAUAUCUCUCCGCUUGUUUCCUAGACGUACAACCACAAGGUUUGCAGUUGCUAUACGCAAAUCCGUAGGUGGUUUGUGUUCAAUGUAAAAUUCAGUUCGUUUUUAGGUAUAUAUACAGGUACCCUUAGUUAUAUUGUAAAACUCCCUGAUGAAGUGUGCACUAGUCACACGAAACACGUAGGAGACAAUAAAAAAAUUUCACAACUCAAGAAUUUCGCAGAAGAGCUGUUCACUGGUUUAUCCUUUAAAAACAUCUCUAAAAGGGGUAAAGAAAGGAUUUUCAAUUCAAUUCAAUUUUAUCAUUCACACUUUAUAAAAUAUUUACAUUAUAUAUAGUAAGGUAGGAAUACAUUAAUAAAGGAGAAGAGGAAGAAGAAAAAAGAAAAUUAAUGGCUUGGGUAGAAGUGUACGGUGGUCAGAGGAGCUUAGCUUUCGAGCUAACCACCGCAAGGAGGGGACCAACUCUAGGCCUCCGGUUUACUUCAACGAGGCAUCCGUCUUCUAGAAGUGUCCGUUGAGAGAGUUGACUGUAUUUUAAUUAUUAUUGAAAUGUGUAUCAUGUCUUGUUUAGUGAAUCAUACCAGUGGUAUUUUGAUUUUUUUUUCCUGUUAUUUUAUACAGAUACCGACAUCACUAGAGAGAAGUGGGGAACGAUUAGCACAAUCACUCGCCAGAUUAAGUGAUCGAGCACAACAAGUCGGUUUCACUAACUGGCUAGAGUCCUUAACUGACAGAACUAACUCGUAA